CUGCUUCACUCUCUCAUUCUUGGAAUAAAUUUGGAAAUGACUUUUGAUGACCUCAAGAGCAAGAGUAUGAUGGAUCAACUUGACCAGAAGCCAAAUGGAGAGAGAGACAAAGGUCUUCGUUUUCUUUCCUCUCGGAGGUGGUACCCUGCUGCUAUGACUCUAGGGAUCCUUUGUCUGGGAUUACUGGUGACCGUUAUAUUGCUGAUAAUCCAAUUAUCCCAGGUGUCUGAUCUCCUAAAGCAACAGCAAGCAAACCUUACUCACCAGGAAGAUAUCCUGGAGGGACAGAUUUCAGCCCAGCACCAGACAGAAAAAUCUUCCCAGGAGUCACAAUGGGAACUCAAAGAAAUGAUAGAAACCCUUGCCCACAAGCUGGAUGAAAAAUCCAAGAAACUAAUGGAACUUCAUCACCAGAACCUGAAUCUCCAGGAAGCUCUGAAAAAAGCAGCAAACUAUUCAGGUCCUUGUCCCCAAGACUGGCUCUGGCAUGAAGAAAACUGUUACCAAUUUUCCUCUGGCCCAUUUAAUUGGGAAAAAAGCCGGGAGAACUGCUUGUCUUUGGAUGCCCACAUGCUGAAGAUUAAUAGCUCAGAUGAUCUGGAAUUCAUCCAGCAAGCAAUUGCCCAUUCCAGUUUCCCAUUCUGGAUGGGGUUGUCUCUGAAGAAACCCAACUACUCAUGGCUCUGGGAGGAUGGUUCUCCUUUGAUGCCCCACUUGUUUAGACUCCAGGGAGCUGCUUUCCAGAUGUAUCCUUCAGGCACCUGUGCAUAUAUACAAAGGGGAACUGUUUUUGCUGAAAACUGCAUUUUAACUGCAUUCAGUAUAUGUCAGAAGAAGGCGAAUGUAUUGAGAGUACAGUGAAUGUGAAGGCUCUGGAAGAAAAGGAGGAGAAGACCUUUGAAUUUUCUUCUGAAAAUUAAGCUAUACUUCGUCACUUAGGUGCAAACCAUAAAAGCCCUGAGAACUUUCUGUUACUAGCUAAAGUGCAGAACUCCUUAGCAGAGACUGGGGCCCAGCUGCUUGACACCUUGAUAGCAAAAGUUUCAAUUCUCUAUGUAUAUUUUUUUCACCUAGCUUGUUCCAAAACCCCUGCCAGUCUUCAGUGAAGUCCAUUUUCCUGUUUCUGUUGUUGUU